ACUUUAGUGGGGAUGUUUUAAAUGUUUUUUUAUUAUCCAGUGUGGAUUACAAGAGGUUUAGCGCAAAUGUAAUUAAAAGAAAUAUGGCUAUUUUAGCUAGUCUGUUUUUCGAAGGUGAGGGGAAAUUGGAUUACUCGAAGAAACCAACCUACAUGCCUUACGGACGUAAAGAUUUCACAUACACCGAGAGGAACUCCGGUUUGAUGUGAUAGUUGAACCGUUGAGCUUUCCUAGAUGGAGACUUAUCCUAAUCUGUUAUGUAUUUUGAAUGAGUCGUGAAUCUUCUCUUUGAUAUAGGAUUCCUAUACAUGGAGAAGACAAAAGGCAGCAAGACUCGCCCGAAGAAGACUAUGAAUAAUUUGAGGAAGAAAGAACAGGGGUUUGUACUAGAUGGAAUAGCAGUAAGCACGAAUUCUGCUUCUUAUCAACAUUGCAACCCCAAGCAAUACUCCGGCAUACCGCCCUAUAUCGCAAUGAAAGACCCGCACUGCAAGCAACACUUCAAAAAGGCCACCAUGUUUCCCCCGAAUGCAAAGAACUAUCAGACCCGUUUUGGGACAUCUGCAAGUGGAUGGUCAUCUGACUAUUUUCAGAAUCAUGGACCUUGUCAGCGUCAGCUGAAGAGUAGAAAUGAAGCAGGUACAGGCUAUUCUUCUGAGCAAAAUGAUGGACAUGUUGCUUUUAUGGCUAAGAAUAUUCGAAAAGUUGUUUCUGCUAAUGGGAGAUAUGGGUAUCGGAGGAACACACCUUCUCUGAGAAAUGAGACUUCAAAAUUUGGGGAAGUAACUCCCUUCCCCCUUCACUAAUACUUGAAUAACUGUUAUUAAUAAAGAAUUUCAACACAGUA